UAGUUCUGUUGUUAGCAAUGAAGUCCCUCGUGUUGAUCGUUUGUACCGGUUUAAUUUCGAUUCUCUUAUCUGCUGACGCGGUCAAUAUCCUAUACAUAACCGGUGCAGUCUCCAGAAGCGAAUUCACAUGGAACAAACAAUUGAUGUAUGGCUUAGCUGCCAAAGGACACAACGUAACAGCAUUAGCAACACACGUGGAUGAAAAUGCUCCAAAAAAUGUUCACUUCAUACCACUGGAAGGAGUUUAUGAGUCACUGGUUCACAACUCGUUGCAUGUUGAAAAAAAUCGCCCUUUCCGAACCUUGUACAAUAGGGCUAAACAGUCAAUCAAAUCGUGCGAGUUGAUACUCAAAACGAAUGAAUUCGCAUCCUUAAUGAACUACCCGAAGGAAUUUAAAUUCGACUUGAUCAUCCACGAUGAGGUUGUUGGGGCGUGUGCGGUUGCAAUUGCCCAACACAAAUUCCACCUUCCUCCUAUGAUCAGCGCUACUGCCUCCAAUACUGUGUCAGGAACCGCGUUCAGCAUCCUCCCAAAUCAACAUUUUGAUUCGGGAGAGGAUAUGUGUUUUACGGGGCGACUUAAAAACUUUCUUUAUAAUACGUGGGAACACAUUCUGGAGCAGUGGUGUGUGCGUCCGAAAAUGAACCAACUUGCUCGCAAAAUCAUUCCGGAAAUUUCAGAUGUCGGAGGACUUACGAAAAUGGCUCGUAUUCGUUUGAUUAAUGCCAAUGCUGCAAUUCAGUUUCCGGAACCGGUGAUGCCAACUGUAAUUCCGGUAGGAGGAUUACACAUCCAAAAGUCGGAAGCGCUUGCGAAAGAUCUUGAAAAGAUUUUCGAUGAGGCUACGAACGGUAUAAUUUACUGUUCAUUUGGUUCAGAAAUUAAUGGCGAAACGUUUGGUGCCACAAGAACGAACGCAAUCCUUAAUGUAAUGAAGCAACUAAGCCAGUAUCAAUUUGUGUGGCAAAUCGAGUUUAAGACACCCCCAAAGGUGUUGCCAAAGAAUGUCCACAUUCAGUCACAAUUCCCACAAAAUGAUAUUCUUGCGCAGCCCAAAGUAAAACUUUUCAUAACCGAAAGCAGCACUUUAAAUAGCCAGGAAGCAAUUUGGUAUGGAGUUCCAAUGAUCGGAAUACCAUUUGCUGCUGAUCAGUACAGAAACAUUAACUAUGGAAUGAAACACGGAAUAGCGAAGCGACUCUCUCUAGCCGACAUGGAGUCUGAAGACACCUUGAAAACAGCUAUAGAGGAAAUGUUGACCAAUACAUCCUACUUCAAAAACGCUCAACUGUUGUCGAAAAUAUUCCGCGAUCAACCGGUUAACCCGCUGGACCGGGCAAUCUGGUGGGUUGAGUGGGUCUUACGAAACCCACAGAUCGAGCGUUGUUGGCGACCGGUCGGUGCUGGAAUGUGCUGGAUCAGUAGAAACGGUUACGAUGUGCUGUUCGUUGUGUUUGCAACGAUUGCUAUCUCGAUGCAUAUCAUAACAGGUCUUAUCUUUCGGCUGUUACGUAAGAGGCGUUCCUUAUCGCGAGAGGUGAAACCGAAGCGGGAGUGAAGUUUUUUGCUGAGUAAUCUUUUCGGCAGUAUUUUCUACCAAACAAAUAAAGAAUAAUGGAGAAUACUAGUAUCUAUGUUUAAAUAAUUAACUUCCAGCAGAAUAACCUUCAAACGUUGAGUAGUCGAUUUUUGUCGACACCCGAAAAAUCUAGCGAGAU